AUGAUUUGUGUCUGGCCUGAUACUCGACAGUCUCAAAACGGCCUUUCCGCAGUAUCUUCAGAAGUCGUUACAAUCAUUCUUAUGGACAAUGCAUGCUGGACCUAUCUGGCACAGACUAUAAAAGUCGUGAAGCCAGUUGUUGACAUGAUUGGUGACUGCGAGUCCCGACAGGCUACACUCGCAGACUGCAUGUUACAGCUUCUUAGUACCACAAGGACAUUAUCGGAGAUGAGAUGUGAAGGCAACAAAGAUCCUGCCUUUCUCAACCAUGCCCGUGCUGUAUUUGACAAGCGGUUCCACAAAAUUGCUACACCGAUCCAUAAACUCACUCUGUUCCUACACCCACUCUGCCAUCAACUAGCUAUCUGUGAUAGAGUUGGCUUCACACUGGCUGAUAUCAAGAAAACGGCACUGGGAUUGGCAAAAAAGUGGAAAUGGUCAUUGGACAAGGCUAUGCAACUGUCAAAUGACCUCGAAUGCUACUACCAAUGCAAGGACCCCUUUGCAGGUGGAACAGGAAAUGCCAGAGAGUGGUGGAAGUCCCUCCCUAUCCAGGCAAUCAAGUACCCGCUCAAAUCCCUCGCUAUCAUCAUCCAUUCCAUUGUUCCUCAUUCUGCUGAAGGUGAACGACUCUUCUCACGCCUUGGUGGCGUUCAGACACCAAAGCAGAACAGCUUGUCGGUACUGGUCUUUGAGAAGCUGGCUGUCGUCCGUAAUCAUCUCUCGAAUCAGCUAACUAUACGAGAGAAAGUACCAGCGAAGUCUACACACUGUAAACAUGCACAUAUGCAUACUGCUGAAGGUCCCACCAUAACCUCCGCUGUUGUAGAAGACCUUGAAGACUCGAUGACCUGGAAACCACCAUUGGACUCCUCUGACACUACACCUGAUCCAACCCAGGGUUCUACAGAUGAGACUCCUGUAGACACGGCAUUCAAAGACCUCGAAAAAGAGCUGGAAGAUGAACAAUCAGUCUUUGGGGGAGAUUUGUACGAGGAUGGACCAUCAAUCACCAGUGGAGAUGUGUUCAAUUUGAUGAAAUUAGAAAGGCUCUUGAGGGUGUUGCACCAGCAGCUUAUGUUGAGGAGGUUGAGGUUGUAA